ACCUUCACUCCGUCAAUCUCGACUAUCGUCAUCCCAAUUACCUCCGUCAAUCGGUCGCGACCUAACUCGCAUACUAGUUAUUCCUCUCGCCCCUAUUGACCGACCGACUACACCCAAACCAAUCCAAACAAUGCCUCAGCAGAAACGACACGCAGCCACAGGCGCAUCCUCCCUCUCCUCCGGCCCCGCGACUCUCAAGGCCAACUCCUCCCCCGUCGAGAUCGCCCAUCAUGUCUGGCAGCAGUAUACCAGUACAACGCCGCAGCGGACUAUGCUGCUGGACGCGUUCAUGGCCUUCUUGGUGCUGAUCGGAGGCGUGCAGUUCUUAUACUGUGUGCUGGCGGGGAACUAUCCCUUUAACGCCUUCCUGAGUGGCUUCUGUGCCGCUGUCGGUCAGUUCGUUCUUACGGCCAGUUUACGGAUGCAAACGAGUAGCAACGAGAAGGAAUCAAAGCCUAGCUCUAAGGGAAAGAAUGCAAGAUUUGCCGGCGGGGAUAAUGAAGAUGGUGCUUCGGUUUCUCAUGAGAGGGCAUUCGCGGAUUACGUCUUUGGAAGUCUCAUUCUACACUUCUUCUGCAUCAACUUUAUCAACUGAGCCCGUGGUCAUGGGAAAAAAAAGAUAAGGAGAAUUCCCGGGGAAUUCUUAACACCAUGCAUGUGUAGUGGGAGACCAGUCUCUUUCUACAUUUUCGACAUUGACCGUUGAGCUCGGAACUAUUUGCUCCUCCCCUGCUAUCUAUUUAUCUGCUAUGACGAGCGUGUAGCGGGUCUUCUGCAUUUGACUGUAUUUUAAAAGCCCAUACGUUUGCUUCUCGCCGUUCAAUCUAUAGAACAUGUUCUGGAAUUUCCAAUCCAACGAAGUAAUACAACUGCCAAGUCUCUAUCAUGUCCCUAUAUAAUCACAUUCGUUCUGCAAAUACUCAACGCUAAAGCCAGGGUAUAUUAUAUUGAUGCACUGUACAGAUAACUAAAAUGCCCGUCCACC